CUGGUAAAAGAGUAGUAGGUAAAGUCCAAUGAGAGAGAAGAGAGUAAAGUAACGGCAAAACACAUGACAAGGUUGAGUUUGACAGAGCGAUACCCAUUAUUUUCAAACACUGAUUCAUACGUUGAUUGAUAGACAGAUAUUACAUUCCACCCUUUCCACUUUCAGCUUGUUCCCUUCCCUCAUACCAAAUCAAAGUACUCUUUUAAACUUAGCUUAACGUUCUCCUUCCAAUAACGUUCUUCGUUAUUUAGAUUCUUCACCUUCUCUCUGCAGCUAAUAAUACCCAUUUCCACAAAAACACCAAAGCCAACACCUUUUCUUUGUCCUCUUCUUCCUAUUGCAAUAAAACCACCCUUUGGCCCACACCCACAUGGCAUAGCAAACCCAUUUGGUCGGUUAAGUAGGGUUGGGUUGGGUUGGGUUGGCAUCAUAAACCUUAAGUCUCUCUCUUCUUUGGAAAUCCCUAAUUUUUUUGGGUUGGGGGAUGGCGGUGGAGCAGGGUGUUGAGAUGGUGGCAUUGGAGUGUUUGGGUAAAGGGUUUGAUUUGGCUAGUGAUUUUCGUCUGAGAUUUGCUAAGGGAAUUCGUGAAGGAAAGAGUAGUGGUAGUAGUAGGAGGUUGGUGGUGCUUGAUGAACAGAACAAGAGGGAUAUCUUGAUUCCUGGAACUGGAGGAAUUACCAUUAGAGGGGUUUCUGAGAAUAUUCGUUGUGAUAAAGGGGAUAGAAUUCGCUUCAAGUCUGAUGUACUUGAAUUCAACCAGAUGUCUGAGUUGCUUAACCAGAAAUCAGCAGUGCAAGGAAAAGUGCCUUCUGGCUACUUUAAUGCUCUUUUUGAUUUGAGUGGUGAUUGGUUUCGUGAUGCUGCUGACACCAAAUAUCUUGCUUUUGACGGCUAUUUCAUUUCACUAUACUAUUUGCACCUUACUGCUUCCCCACUAAUACUGCAAGAGGAGGUAAAGAAGUCUGUUCCGGCCCAGUGGGAUCCAGCUUCGUUGUCUAGGUUCAUCCAGACAUAUGGUACACACAUAAUAGUAGGUAUGGCUGUUGGAGGUCAAGAUGUAAUCUGUGUCAAACAAAAACAUUCUUCGAAGAUUCCUCCUGGUGAUCUCAGAAGACAUCUGGAGGAUCUUGGAGAUUUUUUAUUUUCAGAUGUGAGAAGCCCUUCUUUACUGCAGAGGAAGACAGCAGAUGGCAAACAGAAGGUCCCUGAGGUCUUUAACCGAGUGAUGCAAUCAAACACAAUGCAGUUCACUAGUAUUUCAGAAACAUCAAGCAAGGAAGGUCUGACUAUCAUCUGCUCAAAAAGAGGAGGAGAUAUAUUCAAGCACAGUCACUCAAAUUGGCUCCAGACAGUGCCUUCUAACCCUGAAGCAAUUCUUUUCAAGUUUGUUCCUAUUUCCUCUCUUCUGACAGGAAUUCCUGGAAGUGGCUAUCUUAGUCAUGCAAUCAAUCUGUAUUUACGCUAUAAGCCCUCUCCUGAUGAUUUACAAUAUUUUUUGGAGUUUCAAAUUCCAAGGCAAUGGGCACCCAUGUUUUGCGAGCUUCCUCUCAGGCAUCAGCGGAGAAAGAGUUCUUCCCCAGCCCUGCGAUUUAGUUUCAUGGGUCCGAAGCUUCAUAUCAUCUCUACACAGGUGGUAAGCGAACAAAAACCUGUGGUUGGCCUCCGCUUGUACUUGGAGGGCAGGAAAUGUGACAGACUUGCUUUGCAUAUACAUCAUCUUUCAAGCCUCCCAAAUAAGAUGAUCCUUUCUUCAGGAACCUCAACUCAAACCAUGCCAUCUAUGUGGCGAGGAUCUGAUGAUAAUGAAUCAAGUGACCAAUUUCUGGAGCCAAUCAGAUGGAGGAGAUUCUCAAAUGUGUGCACAGCAGUUGUUAAGCAUGACCCUAACUGGUUAAACAGUUCAAGAGGUGUUUAUAUUGUAACUGGUGCACAACUUCUUAGCAAAGGGAAUUGGCCAAGGAAUGUGCUUCAUCUGCGUCUCCUCUUUACUCAUAUACCCAAUUGCAGUAUCCGGAAGACAGAGUGGGCUACUGCACCAGAGGCUUCAAGAAAAUCAUCUUUUCUCACAAAUUUAAGCUCAACAUUUUCAUUCACACAGCAGAGCACCACUGGUCCUCCAAAGCAGGCUCCAACUGCACUUAACUCUGGCAUUUAUCCAGAGGGGCCACCGGUGCCCGUUCGAUCCGGUAAACUACUUAAAUAUGUGGAGACAGCUGAGGUUGUGCGCGGACCGCAUGAUGCUCCUGGCCAUUGGUUAGUGACAGCUGCAAAGCUUGUGGCCGAUGGUGGUAAAAUUGGAUUACAGGUGAAGUUUGCAUUGUUAGACUAUUGGUGAUUCCAGGGUACUAUUCACCCUAUCCAGAGUAAUACAUUGGAUUGGAUUGGUUGUCUGUGUUGUUGCUUCAAUUUUAUUUUUUUUCGAAACUAUAGAUCACUUGUAUAUAUUCUUUCUAAAGGCUUUGUACAGGACAGUAUAAAUGAGUGGCUGUUGACAUCAGGCAAUAGAAAUUUAAAAUUUGGCUAU